UGCCAAACUUUCGAUUUGGAGGUACAAUAACUAGCGUACUACAAGACAGCAUUGACUGAUACUCCUUAGGAAGGAAGGUAGUCAACAUGAUCCUUGAAAUGAAAGUUAACGGUGAUCCCCUGCACAAGCAAAUCCUACCGCCAGUCAUCUCAUUUAAACGUGGAGUCAUGUUUUUCUGCCAACUCUUUCUCUCUGUCUGUCUCGUUACGAGACUCUCGUAUAGUCGUAUAUAUCUCUUGUUCUCCUGCAUAUUUUCGUCGUUCUCGAAUCUCGCUCUAGAAAACUGGAACUGUCGAAGUGGAGGGUGUGGACUGUGGAGGGUCCAGUCUUAAUAAAGGACGUGAGAAUACAGGAUUUUACGACAAAGGAUUUGAGGAGAGAAUGAGGGAGGUCCAGCUCAAUCCCGCACAUACUGUAAAAUCCCAUGGAUUCUCACUCGUAAAAUUCCACAAGCAUGACUGGCUUAUAUUGUUUCUUCUUGGGGCUUUGGAGUUAACUUUCUAUGUCAUAAAUCCAUUUCACCGCUUUGUGGGGAAGGAUAUGAUGGAUGACCUCAAAUAUCCCCUGAAAGACACCACUAUCCCCUUUUGGUCUGUUCCUAUGUUUGCAGUGUUGUUGCCCAUUGUCAUAUUUACUGCUUUCUAUUUUCAUAGAAGAGAUGUUUAUGAUCUGCACAAUAGCAUACUAGGGAUAUUAUUCUCUGUACUGAUAACGGGAGUUAUUACGGAUGCAUUAAAAGAUGCAGUUGGUCGGCCUCGACCGGACUUCUUUUGGCGUUGCUUUCCUGAUGGAAAGGAUGUAUAUGAUCAUUUGGGAAAUGUGAUAUGUCAUGGAAAGUCAAAUCUCAUAAAGGAUGGUUACAAGAGCUUUCCUAGUGGUCAUACUUCAUGGUCCUUUGCAGGUCUUGGUUUCCUAUCAUUGUACUUGUCAGGCAAGAUGAAAGCAUUUGACCGUAGGGGGCAUGCAGCAAAACUAUGUAUUGUUUUGCUUCCUCUUCUUGUGGCUUUUCUUGUUGGCGUUUCUGUGGCGGAUGACUAUAUGCACCACUGGCAGGACAUUUUUGCCGGAGGUCUUCUAGGCCUCUUAGUGGCAACAAUUUGCUACUUGCAAUACUUUCCACCCCCACAUAAUACCUAUGGUUCUAGGUCUUAUGCAUACUUGGGGGUGUUGGAGGCAGCAAAAGCCAGUGAACAACCAACUGAUAUAGUGAACACAGUAAAUGUAGAUGUUAUGGAGGUACAGACUGUGAACCAACAAGUUGAACAAAACAACAUUGAACUUAAAGUAUUAUCUGAAACAAAUGAUUCUAUCAAGAUAUUGGAUGAACUGGAAUCUGGGAGGAGGUAAGUUUGUACAUCUUGUAAAUUGUAAUUUAUUCAGUCCUUAUCCUGCUCAGUGUGUUGUAAGUUGUAACUAUACCAGUCUCCUGUAAAUGUUGUGUCAAUUUCCCUUUUCAGUUAAACCUCUUUUCAGAAAAAAAAAAGAAAAGAAAAAAGUAUGAAUAGUCCUUGGCUGUAAAA